AUGUCCCCCCUUAUUCCCGACAUCGCUAUGGUACCCGGGGUGGGUAGGAGCGGGUCGAGUCCGUAUCGCCGCGGAGCAACGGCCGCGUCCGGAUCUGAUCUAUCUACUCGGCAAUUCAUCCAGGGGCUUAAACUCGAGUCAACAAGCCACCAAGAGAAGAAGAAGAAGACAAAGAACGAAGCCGGAUCAUCUCUUCCUUCUGGCUCCAUCUAUGGCUUAUGGAUCUUGGGGAUGGUUUCCAAUGCCCUGGAAGCGAAGAGACUUAGAGGAGAAGGCUUACUUAUCAAAGGCAGGCUUAGAGGCUCAUUCAAAGUUGCAAGCUGA